ACAGUGAAGUGACAGGCCAGGGGGAGAAUGAAGUGAAAUAAUUAUAAAAGGUGAAAGAAGUCAUCGUUUUUGACAUUUUCAUUAUCUUUCACUGGCCUUGGAGUUUUCUUUUAUUUGCGACACAUUACCGAUCUGUGUUCCAUAAAGCGACGGGCAGGGCAGGUAUUGUUCAGGCAGCAGAGCGACCAUAGCUGAGCAAUCUUUCCCAGCGCGCCGUGAAUGUGCGAAAAACCGACGAGAGAGCUCGCAGUAAUUGUCGUGUUAUGAGCCAGCCGCUGGAUCCCGGCCAGUAGUUUGCAGCAUUCAGUGAGUCUGGAUACAGGAUUUAACGGAGCAGCAGUUCCACACGCCGGCACACGCACGCACCCCCGCGCCCGCACUCACCAUGCCUGUCACCUACCUGAAGAAGGCGCAGAAGACGCCGCAGAGCGGCAGCGAGGAGACGAGCCGGAUAGUGCGUGCAAUGCUGCAGAAGAUCGAAGCCGGUCGGGAGCAGGCAGCUAUACAGUAUGGCAAGGAUCUAGACAAGUACGAGGGCGACAUCGUGCUCAGCAAGGAGCGCAUUGAAGCGGCAGCCGACACCGUUUCGGAACAGCUCAAGGCCGACAUUCAGUUCUCCAUCGAUCGUGUACGCAAGUUUGCCCAGGCGCAGCGCGACUCGAUUCAGUCGUUUGAAACGGAGCUGUCGCCAGGUCUCUGGGCCGGGCAGAAGCUGAUCCCGAUCGACGUAGCCGGCUGCUAUGUGCCAGGUGGCCGCUACUCCCACGUAGCCUCCGCGAUAAUGUCUAUAGUCACCGCUAAGGUAGCGGGUGUGGAGCACAUCGUAGCGUGCACGGCACCGCACGACCAAUCCGGCGCCAGUCCGGCUAUCGUGUAUGCAAUGAGUGUGUGCGGCGCGGACACCAUACUAGUGCUGGGCGGGGUGCAGGGCAUAGCCGCUAUGGCGUACGGACUGUUCACGGGCCGCGCUGCCAAAGUGCUCGUCGGUCCCGGCAACCGCUUCGUCGCCGAAGCCAAGCGCCAGCUGUUCGGCCAGUGCGGCAUGGACAUGGUCGCCGGGCCGACGGAGAUUGCCGUCAUCGCCGACGGCAGUGCCGAUGCGGCCAUUGUCGCCCAGGACCUGGUAUCGCAGGGCGAGCACGGGCCCGACUCGCCGUGCUGGCUGAUCAGCACGAGUCGGCAGCUGGCGGAGGACGUGCUGGGCCACAUGGACGGCCUCAUCGCCGACCUGCCUGAGCCGAAUCGCGACGCGGCCACCGUGGGCUGGCGCGACUACGGCGAAGUGGUCGUCUGCGACACUCGCGACGAGGCGGCAACCGUGUCCGACCAGUACGCCGCCGAGCACCUGGAGGUGCAGACGGGCGAGAACGAGUGGUACGCACAGCGCCUCCGCAACUACGGCUCGCUGUUCGUCGGCGAGGAGACGACGGUCACGUACGGCGACAAGUGCUCCGGGCCGAACCACAUCCUGCCGACCAAGGGCGCCGCGCACUACACCGGCGGCCUGUCCGUGCACAAGUUCAUCAAGGUGGUGACAACGCAACGCAUGACACGAGAGGCCAAUCGCGAAGUGGGAGCGGCGGCCGCGCGCAUAUCUCGCCUCGAGGGCAUGGAGGCGCACGCCCGCGCUGGCGACGUGCGCCUGAGGAAGUACUUUCCCGGCGAAGACAUCAAGACGAGCGUGUGACUCUUCUGGUUCAAUUGUGAACGGUAACAGUACAGUACAGUACAGUACAGUACAGUACAGUUCCGUACUGUACUGUACUGUGCUGUACUAUGCUGUAGUCUGUGCUGCAUUUAUAAAUGUGCAGACUGUGUACAUGUACAUGUGAAUGUACAUCACAUGUAGAUGGACUUGCCAUAUGGCUUGACAAUGACAGUCCCCUAUUUGAUAACCUACUUUAAUACUCUCAUGAAUACUGCCCCGGUAUUGGGCACUUCCAAUAUAAAACCGUAACGAGAAUUUUCGAGCUAUACUAGGGGUCGUCUUUUUUAAAUCGGAGCGUGUAUACCUCAUGCUCAGUACCCUGUUGUGUUUUGCUGCUUGACCCAUUCAACAGCAGACAUUUCUUUUUCCUUAAAAAAAGAAGAAGAAAGUGGCC